GUCGAUUCUAGCAUGAUUCUCUAAACCUAAACUUAAAUUUGACAACAGUAUAUCCUUGUCAUUCUCUAUACAGAAUGAAAAGGAGAGACUGAUGUUAAAUUUAGUUUUAAGUUUAGAGAAUCACGCCAGAAUCGACAUCAUAAUAUAUGAUAAUAUUUGUGCUUGUGGUACUGGAGCAGAGGACCUAAAUCACAUCUUCUUCGAGUGUCCCCUCAAUGAUUCCUCCUCUUUUAUGGAUUCAUUAAUAUCCCUUAAUGUACCUCUCCCUACUUCUAUUCCUUCCUUAUUGUAUUAUAAAAAUUAUAAUAUAUAUAACAAGCUAUCUGAAUUCCUAACUAAACAUAAUAUAAAAUUAUAAGUAAUUUAUUAGAAUAAUAUAACGUAUUUUAUAUAUUUAAAAAGACUUAUUACUUACGUUUCAAAUUCAUUUUACGUACUUACCUGAUCCUAAUCCUUCCAAAUUCCGUUUCACAACCUUUUUACUUCAUUAUUUUGGUUUCCUUACCUUUUACCCUGUCGUGGCCAAUGCACAAACCGUGCGUGCCAUUAUAAUAAUAAUAAAAAAAAAAAAAUUAGACGUCCCUAGUAAUAAGUACUUGAAGUAAAGCUAGUUAUAACUUUCCAGUAUAUUUAAGUACUCUUUGGUUAAAACUCCUUAAUAAUGAUAACGUCGUGGAGUCCAGACAAGAAGCACAGUGAUGUGGAAAGAUGGAUAUGUAUUUAUCCUGCUUACAUAAACAGUAAAAAAUCAUUAGCCGAAGGACGUAAAUUAUCAAAAGCGUAUUGUGUUGAAAAUCCAACUCACCAGGAGAUACGUGAUGUAUUGGUGACAGCUGGCUUGCAUGUUGGUGUUGAAAAUAAAUUAUAUCCGCGUGAAAGGAGUAAGGAAAUGCUAUACAGAGGAAGAAUACGAGUGCAGUUAAAGAAUGAUGAUGGCAACCCAAUUAAACCUGAAUUUCCAACGAGAGAAUCUGUUAUGAAGUACAUUGGGGAAUCUAUACCCAAGAUGAAGACUCGCCAAAAUAGGCCAGCUGAGCAGCAACCCCAAGCAACUCAUCAAACUGCAACUAAAAGUAAGGGAAAGAAAGGAAGACGAUAAUUUCAAACAUUGUAUCUCUUUAUUUUUUGUAUAUUAUAAAUGUUUAAACUAAACUUAAAAUGUAGUUUUGAAUAAUGAUAUACCUUUCACAACUAAGUAUGAAUAUGGAUAGUUUUUUCUGUUAACUUAUUCUUGCCGUUUUUAUCACUGGCAACACUAUAUCCAUCUAUUAUAGUGACUGAAGGCGUUUCAAACUUAGGACUUUUAUGGAACGCUAAAUCUAAAUUUGACAAAUCUUUAAAAGAAAUCAUGUUUUCAUUUCUUGCACUAGUUUCUUUAGCUUCUGUGGGAGAUGUGCUACUUCUGCUAGUGAUUCGUUGAUCACUGGUGUUAUCGAAUGAGACAUUGUUGAUGCUUUCCUCAUAAUCUUUUUUGGAUUGUAGGGGCUUUGCGAUAUCGCCAUCUUCAGUUUCGGGUACAGGUCUUCGGUAUCUUCGAACAUAUUCUGGUAAAAGGUUUUCGCUUUUUGUCUCGUUUCUUCCAACUUUGAGUUGAAUUUCUCUUGUAUGCUUCUCAUAGGAGUCUCUUCCAAAAACGUCGUUGUCUUUUUCAUCUUCUUCGAAUUCCUUUCUCUUAGAGGCAGCUCUUCGAUCGACCUGAAUAUCGGCAUUUCCUCUGUAUUGUCUUCUUCUGUAUUCAUCGCUACUUGCAUCGUCUCGUGGAUAACUGUAGGUAACUUUUUCAUCACGUUGUGCACUGGAUUUGUCGUUUUCGAUUCUGGAAUUAUGUUUACGAUUUCUAAUAUUCCUGGGGAUAUUUCUUUCAAAGCUUCCGUGAAGUGUGGAGCGGCUUCUCUCAUCGUGUCCAUAACUGUCUCUCCGAUUGCCAGGGGAAUCUCUUGGAAGUAGUAAGGGUAGCUCCUUAUUCUGUCCGACACCGCUGAUGUCACCCACGGUAGGAUCAGCGGACGUCGCGGCGGUAGCCGGCUUCUCAGUGGGGAUAGUCUUGGUAAGAACAGUUGUCUUUUUGUUCGUCUUAGAGUCUCCAACUUCGGAGUCUGACUGUAAAGCGCAUUUGCAUACGAAUCCAGGUCUCUUUUCUGGUUGAUACUUGUGACGCUUUUGUUUACGUUUACUGACCUCGUAGGACUCGACUGGCUCAGAGUUGAGCAAAUUAUCAAGUAACAAACCCAAAUUUUUAAGGAGUGGAAAGUAUUUCUUGUCGGUCUUGUCAUUCUUAAAUAUUUCACGCUUCUUAUAUGCGUUUGAUUUUAUAUGAAAUGGUCGCAGAAUGUGUCUUGCCUUUUUUGCUUUAAACGGACUUUUGUUAUAUUUCGAAAGUGGUAGUUUGUCUGAGAGAAAUUUAUCUGUAAAAAAGAAAAAGUAAUAAUUAGUGUUUUUUAUAAGAUGUUUCUAUAUUCUAUAGUAUUUAUUAUUAUACUAGCGGCCGCCCGCGAGUAGGCAUGCAAUUAAAAUAAUUGAAUCAAAACAGUAUAUCUUUAUUCAAAUUGGAUCAAAAGUACAACUCUUUUGAAUCGUCAAAAACUUUUUUCUCCCUCACACGUUAUUGGACAUAUUUUUUAGCUGCGGAGAAAAACGAGCGAAAAAAACCCCGCAACAUUAAAAUAAUUAUGUAACAAUAUUUACAAAUCAUUAUGUUGUUACAACGUCAAUACAAUCAUGUUUAUUUAUAGAAAACCUGUUGGAAAGAUUGGAACAGUUCAAAACCCAAGCAUUUUUGUCAGUAAUAAAUUCAGACAAUUUGUAAUAAGCUUUUUUAGGAAACGCUUUCUUAUAGUAUUUUUGAAUGUAUUUAUGGUUACCUCUAAGAUAUUGCUUGGGACUUUAUUGUUUAAGCGAACACAAAGACUUUUAAAUUAAUUAAUAAUUUUGUGGAGCCUAGUAGCAAGUGAAGUGAAUUUAUUUUUAUUUCUUGUAUUAAGUGUUUGAACAUCACUGUUUUUACGAAACAAUAUUUUUUCUUACAAGUAAUAAAUUUUCUUAUAUGUCUUGUGAU